AUGACGCGUCCACUGAAAAUUUUAAUUUUUUCAUGUUUCUGCGUUUUUGUGUCGGCCAAAGAGUUGCAUUUGAAAGGAACAUUGGAAACAAAGGAUAAAGACGGCAAAGGUUUUAUGAACCUUUUCCAUAAUCAGGACGCUCCGACCAAAAAUGAAAGGUUCGCUCGCCACGUCCAAACAGUAACAGAAAGUAUACUAGAGCACCUUCUCAACGAAAUCAAGCAAGAAUACUUCAGCGAGAAUUAUAAUCCAAACAGUCCAAUACCUCGCUUGAUAAGAAACUUAAACAAAGAAAUGAAAAGGAAUGAAAGAAACAAGUUGAUGAAGGAAAAGGACAAAAGAAAGAAAGUCAACAAGAAGAGGAACAAACUGGCGAGAAAGAAGUUGAAAUUGGCGACGAUGAAGCCGCUGUAGAUUAAGAUAUUAAUUGUAAUGUAAUGGGUGUUUAUGGUUACUAUAAUUUAUUGAUUACAAGAUUAAAUAUUAAAGAAACUGUAGUUUGAAU